CUUCACAUUAUCCCAGGAAUUUGUAGUCUGGCCUAGUGUCUUAUAUAUAAAUUAUUUAAAAAAUGACUAUCUUAAACCGUCUUAGAUUUAUGUGAACAAGUAGUGUUGUACAAGUGGCAGAAAGUGCGAUGGAUCACAGCGAAUCAAGAAAACGCAAAAUCAAUCCGAGGGACAGAGCCAAUGCAUUUUCACUUUUAACUUUUUUAUACACCAGUGGCACGUUCAAAAAAGGAUUUCGUAAUGAACUAAUUGAAGACCAGCUAUACGAGGCUGUAAGUAGUUGUCAGUCGAAAAAAUGUGGCGAUAAAUUAGAAAAUCAAAGAGAAGAAAAAAAAAUAGCAACAAUCCGAUUAAUAUAUGAAAGAUUUGGUAAACAAUAUUUUUUCUUGGGAUUACUAGAUUUAAUUUGGCAGAUUUUUAAGGCGACAGUUGAAACAGAUGCUGUGAGUAAUCUGAUUGGAUACUUCAGUCCGCACAGCAAAUUGACCAAAAAUGACGCUUACUAUUAUGCCAGUGUCGUAUUGGGUAUUAAUUUUUUUCGAAUAAUUUACAUGCACAACUACAUUCUGGUUUUGCAUAAGUUUGCGUUGAAAGUAAGGACGGCCUUCUCUGCCUUAAUUUACCGGAAGGCCUUAAGGCUUACGCCUGCUGCGAUGGCGGAGAUUGGUGUCGGCAACAUUGUCACGCUCAUCACGAAGGAUGUGUCCGCUUUCGAAUCGAGCGUUUGGACUAUUAACGACAUGUGGGUCGGUGGAUUUCGAACCAUUUACGUUUCUUAUUUAAUCUAUGCCAAAAUGGGUUGGGUGGGCUUACUGGGAGUAGCAAUGUUGUUUGUCGUCACCCCAUUGCAAAUAUAUCUCGCUAACGUUGUCAUGCACACGAGAUUGGGAACUGGAAAAAAAACUGACGAAAGAUUACAAAUUAUGCAGGAAACUUUGUCUGCAAUAAAAAUUAUAAAAAUGUAUACCUGGGAAAGUUACUUUAAUACAAAUGUCACGAAUGCUAGAAAAAAGGAGUUGAAGAAGUUGCUGAAAGGAUUGUACAUCAAGAUUGUGGUCAUUAUUAUAGGAAUGUUAUCUUCAAAAAUAGCAUUCUAUUCGUUGAUAAUGAUUUACAUUAGACUUGGGUUCACUACCGAUGCCGAGUUUGUUUUUUACAUUUUGGGGUGUUUUAGAAAUCUUCGCACCGUCUUGGCAUUCGAUAUACCAUUUGGAAUGGGGAGAGGAGCGGAAAUGAUUGCAUCCCUCAUAAGAAUUGACAAGGUGCUAAAUGCUGCAGAAUUACCCACAACUGAAGCUGGUGAAAAAACAAAACAAAUGAACCUGGUUGCUCCUGAAAUUGAAUUAAAAAACGUGUCUGUUGCUAUAAACGAAAAAAAUGUUUUAAAAGAUGUUAAUUUGCGCAUUACAAAAGGCUUAACGAUAGUGACAGGGGUUGUUGGUUCCGGAAAGAGCACCCUUCUAAAAACGAUCCUUCAGGAAUAUUGUUGCGAAAAUAGUGGAACGAUAACAGUUAAAGGAAGCGUUUCGUAUGCUUCCCAAGACCCUUGGCUGUUUCCUUCUUCCAUUAAACAAAAUAUUAUUUUUGGACAGGAAUUAAACGAAAACAGAUACCAAGAGGUGGUUAAGGUAUGUGCUUUACGUUACGAUUUGGAUUUGCUGGAGCAGGGAGACGAAACCAUCGUUUCCGAUAAAGGAAUGAACUUGAGCAAGGGCCAACAAGCCCGAAUUAAUCUGGCGAGAGCCGUUUACAAAGACAGCGAUAUCUAUUUAAUCGACGACUCGUUAACUGCCCUCGAUUCCAGUGUGCAACAGCACGUGUUUAGGGAAUGCUUUCAAAAAUAUCUUACGGGCAAAAUAAUCAUAAUGGUUAGUCAAUGCGAUGACCAUUUAAGUCAAGCCAAUAAUUUAAUCAUUUUAAAUGGCGGAUCUGUUUGCUCUUCCGCGUCCAAACCUGAGAACGGUGUUUCCGCAGAGAAACAAACAUACAUGGAAAACCUAAUGAUUAAAGAUGAAAAAAUAAAUAUCGAUGACUACAAGGAAGAUUCAAAAUUAAUCGAAAAAAUUCAAGUGUACCACGAAACGAAGAAAGAGGGAAAAGUUAAUUUUAGCACCUAUCUAAGGUAUAUAAAGUACGGAGGAGGAGUUUUAAUGUUUGUUGUUGUUUUAACCUUUUAUAUCAUGGCUCAAUUCGUAGAUAGUACUUCAAGCACCUUGCUAACAAACUGGGUGGAUUUAAAUCAAAAGACUUUGGAUUUAUCCAACAAUACCGAUUCAUCAGUUUACAAAGAAUCCUUGCAAGAAAGUAGUUUUACUUUAAAUAUGUAUUCUGUUGCAGUGGUAACAAGCAUUAUGUUGGAUUUGAUCAAGUAUUAUACUCUGUUGAACUUUUCGAGGGUAGCUUCACUUAAUAUACACAAGGCCAUGUCCAACUCCAUAAUAAAUGCAUCGAUGUCUUUCUUCGAUAAUCAUUUUAUAGGAAACAUUCUAAACAGAUUCACGCAAGAUUUGACAAAUAUCGAUGAAGAGCUCUCAUUUGUUUUGGGUGAAGUAAUACGAGUGGCAUUUGAUUUGGUGGGAAUUAUAACAGUCAUAUCCUAUGUUAACUGGGUAUUUUUGGUACCAGCUUUAAUAUUUUUAGCCAUAUCCGCAGUUAUUAAACAUUUAUACAUGCCGACAGGAAGAAGCUUAAAAAGACUGGAAGCUACAACUCGUAGCCCGUUGUUGGGCCAUUUGAAUUCUUCGCUGGAAGGUUUGACAACAAUUCGAGCGUUUAAAGCACAACACAUCCUAAAACAGGAAUUCGAUCGUCAUCAGGAUCUAUACACUUCGGCACACUUUAUGUCCAUGUGCGUGUCCAGGGCCUUUGGAUUCAUUAUAGACAGCUGCUGCACAUUUUUAAUAGCUUUCGUCAUCACACGAUUUUUAUUUUUUGAUUCUAACACAUCUGCUGGAGACGUUGGUUUGGUUAUUAGCCAACUGUUUAUGUUAUCCGACGACGUUCAGUGGGGGAUUCGGCAAUGGGCUGAAGUUGAAAAUUUAAUGACGUCCGUCGAAAGAUUGCUGGAAUACACGGAAAUUAAAGAGGAAAAUAAAACAUCAGGGCAGAUUGAUAUCGAAGGCUGGCCCAAGGCCGGAUCUAUAACAUUCAAAAACGUGUCUAUGAAAUGUGGGACAGGAAACAGGGAACAUCAGGUGUUAAAAAAUGUAAACUUUUCGGUGAAAGGGCACGAGAAAGUGGGCAUCGUAGGGAGAACGGGUGCCGGAAAGUCGUCAAUUAUUUCCGCAUUGUUCAGAUUAUACGAUAUAGAAGGAUCGAUCCUUAUAGAUUCCGUCGACACAAAAUUGCUUAGCAUAGAGUACUUGCGAAAAAAUAUUGCCAUCAUUCCUCAAGAACCAAUUUUAUUCAGCGGAACGAUCCGGAGCAACAUCGACCCGAUGAAUUCGUAUUCCGAUUCGGAAAUUUGGGAUGCCCUCGAAAAAGUCCAAUUGAGAAAAUCAGUUGAAUCUUUGGAUUUUGAAAUCAGCAAUAGGGGAAGCAGUUUUAGCUCUGGUCAAAGGCAAUUGAUAUGUUUGGCGCGUGCGAUCAUUCGAAAUUGCCCGAUUGUUGUUUUGGACGAAGCUACUGCGAACAUGGAUGCGGAAACAGACGCCCUUUUACAUCAAACAAUUACUCGACAUUUUUCCAAUUGCACACUUCUUAUAAUUGCACAUCGAUUGCAUUCGAUUAUAGAUUCAAAUAAAAUAUUACUUUUAGAUAAGGGGCAAAAUAUCGAAUUCGAUACUCCCUCACAUUUACUUAGUAAUAAACAAACUAGUUUUUAUAAACUUAUGCACCAAUGUGAUUGAUUA